GCUACUUUGACGCUCUCGUCAGAAUGGGCGAACUGGCCAGUGAGAGCCAAGGCUCUAAAGACUUGGGGGAUGUGCUGUUCCAGAUGGCUGAGGUCCACAGACAGAUCCAAGUGCAGCUCGAGGAGAUGCUGAAGUCCUUUCAUAAUGAGCUGCUGUCUGAGCUGGAGAAAAAGGUGGAGCUGGAUGCCCGUUAUCUCACGGCUGCGCUGAAGAAGUACCAGAUGGAGCACAAGAGCAAAGGGGAGAGUCUGGAGAAGUGUCAGGCCGAGCUGAAGAAGCUGCGCAGAAAGAGCCAGGGCAGCAAGAACCCCUCCAAGUACGGCGAAAAGGAGAUGCAGUUUGUGGAGACCAUCAGCAGCAAGCAGAGUGAACUGGACACCUUCAUCGCUGAGGGAUACAAGACGGCCUUGUCCGAGGAGCGCCGCAGAUACUGCUUCCUGGUGGACCGUCAGUGUGCCGUGGCAAAGAACAGCAGUGCCUACCAUGGCAAGGGUAAGGACCUUCUUACCCAGAAGAUCCCUGUGUGGCAGCAGGCCUGUUCGGACCCCAACAAGCUGCCAGAAAGAGCCAUGCUCCUGGCCCAGCAGAUGGGCUCUGGAGGGAGCAGCCUUGGUGGCACCAGCCCCUUGCACGCCUCCAAGUCCAACCUGGUCAUCUCAGACCCCAUCCCGGGGGCUCAGCCUCUUCCCGUGCCCCCAGAGCUGGCUGUCUUCAUGGGCAGUGGCCUGGGACAUCAAGCGAGACUGAUGGGACCAGAUGGCAUGUCCAUGGUCAACGGGACGACAGGGGUCCAUGGGGAGGAGUACUGGACUGAUGGAGGGAGUGUGCCCCAGGGGCGACCCUCUUCCCCUCAGAAUCAGGCCCAAGGCCAGACCCAGGCCCAGCCUCAGAGACAGGUCAGCGAGGUCUACUCCAACACCCUGCCCGUGCGCCGGCCUGCCCCCGCCAAGAAUAAGAACCCUGUGGGAGAGACACGGACCCUGCCCAGGUCCAGUUCCAUGGCAGCAGGGCUGGAGAAGAAUGGCCGCGCCCGUGUACAGGCCAUCUUUUCCCAUGCCGCAGGUGACAACGGUACCCUGCUCAGCUUCUCUGAGGGCGACGUCAUCACCUUGCUAGUGCCUGAAGCCCGCGACGGCUGGCACUAUGGAGAAAAUGAAAAGAACAAAAUGCGUGGAUGGUUCCCAUUCUCCUAUACCCGUGUGCUGCCUGAAAGUGACAGCGAGAAGCUCAGAGUGAACCUGCACCAUGGGAAAAGCAGCAGCACAGGGAACUUGCUGGAGAGUGACAUGUCCGUGCCCAUGCCUGAUUACGGCCUGACGGCCCGCCUGCUGGCACAGAGCCUAGCACAGACCCGCCCACGCCCCUACAGCAUGGCAGGCUUUGCCACACAGUGACCGCUCCUUGGAGGUCUUCCUCCGGCCAGCCUUGACCGAUGACAGAGCCACACCUAUCUACUACUAGCGGCCUGCGACCCCCCCCCCCCUCGUCUGUUUAUGGGCCCUCGUCUGAUGAGAGGCGAGAGAGAAUGGCAGCCAUAUAGUUUGAUUUGAGUUGUAUGAUAUUGUCGCAUCUCAUGUUAGAGGGCCCCAGGACGGAAGAGUCGUGUGAAUAAUUUCAAAUAAAGAAGAAACACCUUCAUGAUAGGAUCCUAAGCAGUUACUUUGUGCUGUGGCAGUUCACGGCAGUUCAUAUUCAAGUCCUCGCGUUUUGCCAGGAUGUCCCGAUGUUGUGGAAGUGUGCUUCUACAGUUCUACAGGUUGAUAUAGAGUAUCUGGCCUCGGUAUUCAAAAUAUUAGUCGGGUAGUUGUUUGCAUUCGCUCAGUAGGCUGCAAGCGUGGAUAAGCUACAGCUAAUAGAUGUCGUGAGCAAUGUUGUCGAGCAGCUGCUAGCUGCAUCCUUCACACAUUUAGAUGAAUUCUGCUGUGGAAUUAACCUCCUUCUUUGUCACGCUACACUGUACAUUACACUUGAGGACUGUUCAGACUGCCUAAAAACGACCAGCGAAGAGACACUCUGGUGGUCCUCGGACAGUUGGUCCACCUGUCUAAAAAAGGGUUUAAAACUAGAAGAUGGACAGACGUUCCGGUGUAUAACCUGCAUAGUAAACUGCAUCACAGUAUGAGAGAGAGAGAGAGAGAGAGAGAGAGAGAGAGAGAGAGAGAGAGAGAGAGAGAGAGCGUAGUUUGGAUACUGCAGAGCAUUGCUAGAAAUGGACAAUUGAAUGCUAACAUAUAGCUCUGGUUUUCUUAAAUACAGCGAUAUACAGUAUAUUUGUUAGUUGUAAUACAGUAUACCCAAACUUCUAAUACGGGGACUGUGCCUUCUACUUUUCUUUCUUUUUUUUUGGACCAGGCAUCAUUAGCCUCUAUUAUUUAUUAGCUUUGAGCUAAGUUCAUCUUAUACACUGGGUUAAGCAAAGGGAAUGUGCUACCGUUCAAAUUGUGCGCCUGUGUAUGCACACACUGUGUUAUAUCAAAUGUCGCUGAAAUUGUUUUUAUUUCUUUCCAACAUGAAUUUUGUUCCCCUCAUAAUUUUGAAAAUACUUAUAUACCCAUUUUACGCUUAAGUUGCAUUUCUGCUGAAAUAAUG